AUGAAGUGCUGGAUAUGGAAUUAUAAGGACCAAGCAAAAGAACUGCAGUAUCUGGAAUCCCACUGAUUCUGCCGAGAGCGAUGCUGUGCCCUUACUUCUAAAUUUAACUGCAAGUCGACAGGUUGUCCCUUGGAAAGAAGACGUCAAUUUUCUGUGCUGUGAUUCUGCAAUUCUGCAGAGGUUUAGUAUAAACCCUGCUACAAGGUUGCGGGCACUUUAUGUUGACUCCGGAACCUCUUUGCGAAACUUGGUUGAAGUCUCCUCGUCACAGCGAGGCAUAAAUCCAAGAUACACAACCACACAGUCUAAAGGCUGAAAUUGACAAGAAUUCAAGAGAGCUUGCCGUCCAGGAAUUCGAAAUCCGAUCCAGACUGGACACUCCUCGAUUGAAGUAAAUUCGUUUGGAACGAGUCAACGAGUCGAGAGAAAGAUAGAAAGCGCCCAUGGACUUGAGGUAGCCGAGGGAAGAGAAGACCAGCGCGUACAAGGGACGCUACUUCGUGCAAGGGGCAAGGGCCGAAGGCGAGGAGCGAGAGGAGGAAAGCUUCACGUUACACGAAAUCAGCAUCCGCGGUGCACCGUCUGCGCCUGCACUGAUUGAUGUGCCUGCCAGUCCACUGAGGUUCAGACAUUGUGUGCAGUGUAGUGUACUGUAACCGCGGAGACGAUGCACCCUGUCCGGAAGCUCCACAUUGAUGCCCUGCUCAGAAGACGAGCCCCUUGCAAGAGGCUCGGCAUAUUCUGAUCUGUGCCUCUGCACUGGAAUCUUCGGCUCGUCGCAGUGUUUCAGGGGAGGCGAUGGCAAAGGCUGGAACGACCCACAUUUGAGUCCAUGACGCCAUGAAGAUCCAGGCAAAAGCAACUUUUUCCAGCGCACGCGGACUCCGCAGAAUCCUGGGAGACCGGACCUAGGAGGGUCUCGCGGUGCUCGACCUCGCUCGGCAGCUGUUUAAUAAUUUAUUAAUCUACUAGGCGCGAACUGUGCAUCAAAGUGAGCAUGCAACUGACAAUCGUUCGAGCCUCGAGAAAUUCUUACCCUCCAGCGAGGAAGGCGAACUAAUUUUUGCGCAAAAGCUCAUUUUUCUCUCUUCUGGAAGCGCUGUCACUGUGCGGAUGAUGAUUGAGACUUGUACUGUGUGGGCAGGCCUUCCAGCUAUAGAGCUGGAGAGGUCACGGAAUACUCAUCCACAGAACGAGCGGCUUGCAUAGAUCCGAAGCAGAAAGGAAGGAAGUCGAACAUGCUGCAGCCCUCGCCCUCGCUCUCUGUCUGUGUCUCAUGACACAUGAAGAAGGACGCAAGCAGCCGGCGACCCGACAAUUCAUGAACAUAACGACGCAAGUCGAUUUGGGAAGAUUGCGGUUGUGGCAAGUCACGGAGAUCGUGGAUCCCAUGCCCCAGACGGACGGACAGACAGACAGACUGACUCUCGAACUCGGGCUAUAAGGGCAGCCUCGCAGGGCUGUGAGCCGUCUCUCUUUCUCAAUGAACUAGACGAACUUCUCCUGUCCGAUCUGACCCUCUUCACACUGUUCGGAUGGCUGUCAGAGCAGCCAUUGUGGGCAGAUCAAUCCCACCGGUGUGAGGAGAGAGGGGGCAGCAGAAUCUGUAGAAGGUGGAAAGUACAGCACCAAAAAGGCGUUGGCCAAGUUCGUAGGCGUGCCAGAGGAGGGAGGCAAGGAGGCAAGGAGGCAGGGGAAGACUUUGGGAGUUGGACCACGGCCGACUCCAUCGAUCUGGCCGGCAUGGCCUUCGGGGUGCACCUGCCUCGGUUUUCUUCCUUCCUUCCUUCCAAGCAAUGCACAAGCUCCCGUGAGUGAUCUCAGAGAUUGUCACUCCAAAUCGGCUGUUCAGGAGCGUUUCUCCUCUCGGUUGAACCAACCGAGCUACUGAAAAAAAAAUAUGGAUGGUUCUGCUCCAUGCGACCGAGAAGUUUGUCCCUGAUGAGCUUGUUGUAUUGAGAGCUGCCGGCGCCUAAGCAGGCUGCUGAUGAUCCUUCUGUAGCAGCAGCAGCAGCAGCAAUACGACUGGCUCACACUAAAUCGACGUCGAGAUGGACAGCGCAAGUGCAGCAGUUUCACCGGGGUCGAAGCGGAGAGGCAAAGUCCAUUUCGUCGGCGAAGUGCCCAUUCGUCAGGACAGCAUCACCACGGGCUCGGAUAUUGGCACGAGCGGAAUUUCGGGCCGGACGUGGGAGGAGACUUCAGACACUGCGGGGGGACAGCAUAUGCACGUACUCGACGUCGAGACACGAGGAUUUCAUUGCAGCUCCGAGGAGGAGAAUGCUGCCACACCCGGCCCCGAUUAUCGCCGACGCAGCCCCUACAUUGACAUGAUUUCUGUGUUCGGUGAGGCGUCGGGGAGGAGCCUACCAUACCACGAAGACUCGGCUCGUCGGGACCCGUCCAGCGAGGGCGAGUCUUGCCCUGAAGAGCGCCGUAAGAAUGGGGCGAGAAAGCAAAAGUCGAGAGAAAAUGCACCCGAGCAGCGCAUCACCAUCUUCGCUUUGCGACUGGCGUUGAUCGAGAAGGGAGCGAGCCAGCUCGGCACCUUGUCCUUCCUCUGGGCCACGGUUGUGAUUUUAGGAGGAUUUGCCACCACUGUCAACGAGACGGACUUCUGGGUGGUGACCUUGAUCAUCCUGGCCGAGAGCUCUCGAAUCUUCAGCCGCAGUCACGAGCUGGAGUGGCAGCACCUGUCGGUGCGAUCUCAUGAAAGCCUGGGCCGACGCUUUCUACGCGCUGCUUCUGAUUCCUAUCAGCACAAUGUCACAUUCGCCCGAGAAGUCAAGAGCAAGAUUAAAUCUCUUCUACACAGCAAAGCGUCCGGACGAGCGGAAGCUUCAGCAGAUCCAGUAUCUCCCGGAUCGGGAUCAGCUGCGGGACCAGCAUCUGCACCAGGUCCGACGAUUGCACGCCGCCGCACGUCUCGAAAAGCUUCCAAAAAGCCGGCCAAAGUCGCCAGUGCGACCAAGGAUCAAACGCGAACCUGGGAUGCUCCGUCCGUGCAGCUUCUGCCAUAUACGCACCACCUGGUGACCUCGAAGCUGGUCAGCCGGCUCUUGUAUGCAGUGCAACUUCUGUCAGCGAUCAUGAGCAUAGGUCUGGCCAUCUGGCGGCUGAGGAAUCAGGACUUCUUUUACAAUCCUGGCAAUGCUCAGUCGCCUCCUCCCAAUAUCAAGGUGUCCAUGAAUGUGUUCUACAUUCUGUCCGUGGUUGAAGCCGGCUUGUUCCUGCUGGAGAGAAUUUAUUGGGAGUACAGGAUCAGAGUCACGCAGCUUCUGCAGAAGGUGAAUGCAGAUGCGGACCUGGGACCCGACAACCUGCUGACGGUGAAGCAAUUCUUCUACGACGUGUACUCGCAGUGCCUGAAGGGGAGCGUGUUCGAUGGACUGGAGAUGGAUCUGGUGUCGCACAGCAUCACCUGGCUCCAGGCCGAGGAUUUCAAGCAGCAGCUGGGUGGAGCUCGACUUCUGAAUCGAAUCGUUUCGCGGGAUGACGGCAAACCUCGCAGCGAUCGCUUCGCCAGUGACUGUCUGCGAAGGCUGGGGACGACGCCUGGAAUCAUCGAGCGGCUGGUGGAGAUGCUAUCGUGGAACAGCAAGAACGAGGAACCUCUGCUGAGUGAGGUGGCGGUCAUCAUCUGCCGCCUCGUCGUGUACAACAGGAACUGCUCGCGGAUCGUGGCCAUACCCGGGUCGAUCGAAGGCAUCAUGUCUCUGCUGGUGCCUAAUGAGUGGCCCGCCCCCGACGACAAGAGCUAUGUCAAGACGACCACAGCAUACAUCAACCUUCGCUUGAAUGGCUUGAACAUUCUCAAAUACUUAUGCAAGGAUCACAAAAACAGCCUGAAAAUCGGUGAGGCUCGAGGACUGCUGUCCAUCCUGAUCCUCUUCAUCGAGGUUCGCAGCGAGAAGUCGUUCAGCGAGAACGGCGACAACAAAUUUUUCAAGCUUCAGCUCAAGACCUACAAGAAGUCUCUGCAGGUGCUGGCCUUACUUGCGGCGGCCACCAACAGUUCUGGGGCCUUCCUUCGACGUCGAAUUGCCGAUGUCGUUUCGGGAUUGAAGAAUCUGAGAGACGUCAUCGAGUACGGAGGUUCGCAGCCGCACUUGCAGAGGUCGAGCGUGGAUAUACUCUUCCACUUAGCCAUGGAUGUGGACGUUCGGAAAACCAUAGGAGCCACGGGAGGUGUGAUCCGCAACCUGUACAAUCUGUUUGCCAGCUACGACGCCAUCCCCAGGGUCCCGUAUCCUUCAGGCUUGACCGAAGAGUCUCAGCUCAGCAAGAGAAAUGCCGAAGAGCGCCAGCUAGCUUCCGAGAUGGCUGGCAAGACCAUCUCCAGGAUUGUGCUGCAAAACGAGAAAAACUGCUUGAAAGUCAUCGACCUGGUGUCUGAUCAUGGCGAACCAUUUCUCAAGUGCAUGGUGAGGUUUCUGGCAAAGCCUCUGGAGACGAACAAUGCGGCUCCUCGGGAGAUGGCAAGCUGCAGUGCUCAGAUUCUCCGAAGUCUGCUGCAAUACGCGGACGAACAAGUGAAGCAGGAGGUGGCCAAAGACUCCGCGCAGGUGGUGUUGCAACUGAUCCAGAGGAGGCUUCACGAGGGCAGAUCCGAAUUGUACGAAUCUUACCUGGGUUUGGCUCCGCGAGUGCUGGAGCCUCUGGACCAGGAAACCUACGCGCACCUGGUCGCAGUUCUCAGCAAGAGCGAGCUUGUACAGCAGCUUCUCAAGAACUUGAAACAUACUCCUAGCACCAAACGGUACCCGAGAAUCCGAAGAUACAGCGUUGAACUGCUCAUCACCCUGAUCAACAAAGACAACUCGUUCUUGAACGUGCUCAGAAGCAUCAACAUCAAUCUCAUCGAUGUGCUGAACUCGACCAUGGAUUCCAUUUCGGAAGUGGAGAAUUUCUGCUUAUUUUCGGGCUUAGUUGGAUACACGAGGCACCAAGAGGAGAUGGAAACGCUCGUGGCUCGCGCCAUACAACACAUCCAGACUCUGGACAGGUCCUGGUCGCAGAGAUCGGAGAAAUCGGAGAAAUCUGAUCAUUAGGACUUGUAGACUUCAAAGGAUUUUUCGUCGAAGGAUUGGUUCAUGACGGUGCCCUGUGUUUGGGCUGUAUAUUUGUACGUACGAGGUUCGUGAGGGCCGCAAGUGAAAUACCCAUCACAUCAUCUGUUGAAAGCAGAAGCUGUGAAUCAGUUGUGUCAAUGCAGUCGGUGGGUACAUGAUGCUGUAUAGCAGAGACGUGACAGACGCAGAGAUCAGCAGUUUCAACCUGAGGAAUCGUUUUUUGGCUCCUUGGAUCUCUAGUCCGGUGGAAUCCUACAUCUGUGUGCUCGGCAGCAAGUCAACUCCCCAAGCCCCAGCUUCAAGUCAUCGCCUUGAGUCGACAUGUCUGACGACUGAACUCCGACGUCUCGUGUGUUCAGCGUCGGAGGAACAAGCCAACAUAUUUCUAGAGGUAAUAUAUGUUCCAUAAUCAGGUAGUGCCCAUAGAUGCUACAUGCAUGUCCAUGAUUUAACGACCUCGAUGUCCAGCAUUUUUUUAAUGUGUGUCAAAUUCAUAGUGAGAGAGAGGCCCCAUGUAAGUUCUUAACUCAUGGGGGCUCCACGCGUGGGCUGGCAGUCAGGCUAGCUGUAAAGGAAUGAAUCCAUAUUCCAAUCGGUAUAUAGUAGUAGGAACUCAGAUUUCCCUGUAUUCAAGGAUAUCUCGUAGAAGUUCUUCGUGAACAUGGAGCCAAAGGCUCAUAGGAUCCUAGCUUAGCGAAGAGUUGAGUAGCAAAGGAAUUUAUGUGCAAUGAUCAGGUUAGAUGAGUACAGUAUCAGAACUUGUUGAGGUACGUAAGUAUGAUGUGCCUUCCCUUUUCACCAAUAAGCUUGGAGAAGUCCCCAUCCCCUAUAUUACAGCAGGUAUGAAAAUCCAUUACAUGAUGAAAUCGACGGAAGCCGAAAACUCUCUGAACACAGAGGCCUUGCAAUUUCAAGGGGAAGAGACUAUCUUCAGUCAGAAGACCAAAUAAAUGUCUCCCUUGUUACUUCGCAAACUUGUCCUUCACGAACCUUAAUUGUAAGGCCUACAACAUGAUUGGGUAGCGAAUAGCACAUCCAAGGAAAGGAAAAUGGGAAGAGCCUUCGUGGACAAACAAGGCUGCAAACAACGCGUGAUGUCCAAUCAUCUACAAUGAGACCAUGGGAAGUAUCGUGAGCAAAAAUCACAUUUUUACGUGACCAUCCCAACGAUACUUCGGACUACAACGAUCACCCUCCAGGGAGACUAUACUGAAUUAUCCUGAAUC